AUGGUAAAUAAUAUAAAUGCACAAGAAUAUCUAAACAAAAAAUAUCCUAAAAAAGGAGUAUGCAAAAGUAAUAGUGACAAAGAAAAUAAGGACAAAAAACGCGAACAAAUAAUUAUACUAGACCUUAGUAAAGGAAAAGUUGGAAAAGGUCGUUUUAACGAUGGAAAAAUUCUAGAAGGUUCUUUAAAAAUAGAGGGGUUUGCUAAUUUACAAACUUUAAUAAUCUCUUCUCAAUCAAUAACUAGUUUAGAUGUGAGUAAUUGUUGUAAUCUGGAAAAGUUAGAUUGUAGCGAUAACAAAAUUACUGAUCUGGAUGUUGCUAGUUGCACUAACCUUAAGAAAAUUAACUGUUCAAGUAAUAACAUUAAAAGUUUAAAAUUUAGUGAUUGUCUUAAUUUAGAAGAAGUAAAAUUAAGUGGUUGUCAAGUUCUCGAUAAAAAUUCAAUAAGUCUUAACAAAGAAGCAAAUCUUAUUUUUAAUAUUGAAGAAGAUAAAUUAGUCAAAGGACCAGUUAUAAUUCCUGCUGGAGAAAAUAUUUUAAAUAUCUUAUUAAUAGGCAAAAAGUAUUGUUUAAUUGAUAAUAUUGGCUUUGGUGAUACUAGCAAUUUAUCUGAAGAGGAUAUUUUAAAAAGGGUAGCAGAUGGAAUUUAUUCAGCCAGAGAAGGAAUUAACCAAAUUCUUUUUGUGGUUGACAGAAGGUUUACUGAAAAACACACAAAAGCCUUUAAAAAAUUUGAAAGAUUUAUCUCGGAAACUGGCGUUACUAAGUUUACCACUAUUGUCAAAACUGGAUUCACAAGUUUCGGAAAUCCAGCAUUGUGUGAAAAUGAUCGGCGAAUUUUAGUUAAUGAAAAUGGCGAGUUGAAGAAAAUAAUCGAGAGUUGUAAUAACAUCAUUCACGUUGAUAACCCAUCAGUUGCUGUAGAAGGAGAUGAAUUAGAUUUAAAUGUGAAAAAACGAAAGGAAUCAAGAAAAAGAGUAUUAAAUUACUUAACUGAAAAUUGUUCCGAAAUUUAUAAAUUACGAGAAUGGGAUGAACUAUAUUCUGUGAUGGUUAAGUAUAAGGAAGCAGAGGAAAAACUAGUCAAUGCUAAGAGUGAAAAAGAAAAAGCCGAAAUAGAGAUAAUAAAAAAAAGUUGA